AACACCUGUACGCUUUGAAGACCCACGCUCCAUCAGUACAGGCGAGGCACUGUGCCACGAACCACAUACAACACGUCCAUCGAACGUUCACUUCCACAGCCACAGAUGAAGGUCUUACUGCUCCAUGUUUCCUUGGUCUUGCUCCUUGCUGGAACGGCAUGGUCCGAGUGUAUACAAAGAUCUUACCGCAAUGUGAAUGACUGUUUGGCUAAGAGGAUAUUUCUACCGGUAUGUGGAACCGACGGCUGCACUUACCCUAAUGAAGACGUUCUGAAGUGUGCCCAGGCUGAAGACCGAGCGAAUUUACCAGAAGAACAGGUGGUUCGAAUCGCCUUUCAAGGAAGGUGUGAAAACGAGGUUGCCAGCAUCGCAGUGAAGAUGGAGAAGGAGGACGAGGAGAGGACGAAGAAAGAAGAAGGAGAGAUGAAAGAAGGAGAAAAGGGAGUGACCGAGGGAGUGGAAGAGGAGAAAGAGGAAGGAUCCUCAAACAGACUUUUCCCGUGAACAUGGCUUUGCGCUUUUCGACCGUCAUUUUUUCAUCCUCCGGAUUUCUCUGCCCAGAGCUGCCGUCCCCUUCGCUCCCUCCAUGAUAUUUAUUGUCUGUGUUAUCUCUGUACUCUGAGCGUUGUAUUUACAUUUGAAAGUGUGAAUCUUCACCGAUGUAUCCUAUAUAUACAAGUAAUGUAUAAUCUUUUGUUCUCUCUUUUUCUCUCGCUGUUUUUUAUGCUUAUAUACCGCUGUCGAUCUUUCCCUCCUUAUCCGAGAGCCAUUUCGCCGACGGAUAAUUUAGCGACGGACGUUAUACCGAAUCGAAAUAUCGCUAAAUGGAUAAAUAGAUAAAUUCACGGUUGCUAUUUCCAUUUCAAAUUUAAGAUAUAAUUAAGCAGAACAUUUU